CAAGCGAAACAAAGCGCGCUUCAAAACAAAAGCAGCGGAAAGAUAAGGCGUGAAUUUUAAGUGGACUAUAUAUAACGUUUCUUUUGAAUGCAGUGAGGCAGUAAAUCAAAGAAAUUAAGCCCUCCUGUCUCUAAAGAAUGACAGGAAUAACAACCCGUUGCAUUUUUCUUGACCUUGGAAUCAAGAAAUUUCUAAACAACAGAAAGCGACCUUGAUCAAGGAAGGGGGAAUUGGAUUGUUCUGGAAGCAAUCUCGAGGAGCUGUGAUUCUCGUGGGACAAUGCAUGACUCUCUACACUCGUGGGUUAACAAAUUACGCUAUUUGAAGUUCAGCCUUGAAUUAAAAUUCGAUUAGUUUUCUGUGGCAGACAUCUCGGCAAUGGAUCCGCCGACAAGUGCAAGGUGGGCACAGAAUGUCACCUCCGAGUCUUCCAACACAUUAACCUCAUCUGCUCUUACAGCGACAAUCUUCAAAACAGUUUUUCUUGUUCUUAUCGCCGUGGUGAAUAUAUUGGGGAAUACAAGCAUUUGUUUUAUUGUUCUUAAAGACAGACAACUACGGGCCUCGGUGCGGAAUUACGCCGUAGCAAGCCUAGCCUUGUCAGACUUACUCUCCGUUCAAAUUAUGAUUUUCCAAAUUUUGACUUACUUUGACAUUGGUAAAACUCCUAUCACGUGCACGCUCAUGGGCAGAAUGUUUGGUUGUCUUCUUUACAUCAGCAUUUUGCACUUAUUUACGUUAAGCAUGGACAGAUACAUAGCAAUAUUUUACCCAUUACGCUACAGAUUCAUGGUUACUCCGACAAGGACAGCUGUGAUUUUGUUAACGAUCUGGAUUGUCCCAGUAUCCUCAAUACUGAUCUUCCCUGCUGCGCUAGCAGAUCUUCGUGGCUAUGCAAGCUUCUAUGGAUGCAUAGACCAAGGUUCGAUAGAAACUAUUGACAAAAAGGAUCGCUUCCAUAUGAGUGCGAACGUAAUUUUUCUUUUCUUUCUACCACUUCUGGUGAUGAUGUGGGCUUACUGUCGAAUUAGCAAAGUUGCUUGGUAUCAAGCCAACCGAGUUGGUGUUGCUGUGAUCUCGGUAGUCAGAGUGCCACAAGUUCGCUGUAUUCCCCGUGCACGAGACAGAAAAUGGGCUAAAACCUUAGCGAUUGUGAUUGGGGCAUUCCUGGGCUGCUAUCUGCCAAUUGUGGUGGCAUCCUUAGUACAUAUUUUCGCUAGACAAACAACAAGUUGCUCCUUAACACGGACUUUGGAAAUUUUAUUAUUUCUCACAUUUUCCAACACCGUUUUAAAUCCCCUGAUUUACUCUCUUCGGAACCAUGAGUACAGAAGAGCUUUCCAAAAGACAUUGAGAAGAUGCUACCGAGAGUCAAACAACAAUCAAGGUUUACGACUCAGUUACUUCAAACAAGACCUUGAAAGUCUUACUGUGUCUAGUCUCGUGACUUCAAAGCACGUGAACACCUCGUGAUAUUUUAAAGACGAUUCUAUCUACUACACUUAACUCCUCGUGGAAAUGAAAAUUGUUUCUAUAAAACAGCUUAUUUUUUAAGACACACUUUACAAUGUUAUUUUUGCAUACCAUGCUGACAAUGCUGAGAAUAGAUUAUUUUACAACCCUCUCCUA